CUUUCACACAAUUUUUACGAGAAGAAUAUGUCACCGCAGCUCCCCAAACCCUCGCCGGAAUCUUCCUCCGCCGGCCUCUAUUUCAAUGAUACCGAGCUCACCUUAGGCCUCCCCGGCGCUACCAAGUCCGGCACCAAGCGCGGGUUCUCCGACAUCGUCGACUUGAACCUCCGUGGCCCCUGCAAUACGGAUCACGCUAGCAAUCCAUCUGAAAAAGAUGUUUCCGGCGACUCCAAGCCUCCGCCGGCAAAGACACAAAUUGUGGGGUGGCCGCCGGUGAAGGCGAGUCGGAAGAAUGUUGCGAAGAUCAGCAAAUAUGUGAAGGUGGCGGUCGACGGAGCUCCGUAUUUAAGAAAAGUUGAUCUGGAGAUGUACGGCAGCUAUCAGCAGCUGUUGGGAUCUCUCGAGGACAUGUUCUCCUGCUUCCCUAUUCGUAAUUAUCUUAAUGAGAGGAAGCUUAUGGAUCCUGUGAAGGGAUCCGACUACAUGCCUACCUAUGAGGACAGGGAUGGAGAUUGGAUGCUGGUCGGCGACGUACCAUGGAAAAUGUUUGUGGAAUCAUGCAAGCGACUACGGCUGAUGAAAAGCAUUGAAGCAAUUGGACUAGCUCCAAGGGAAUCUCAAAAAUGCACAAGCACAAGUGGAUCAAAAAGCCUUUAGUUUGAUAGCAUCCUUGGAUGAUAAUUUGAUGUAAAAAGGCUUCUUCUUCUAUUUUUUUUUCCCCUAAUUUUGAUUGGUUUUAGGUGACAAAAAAAAAGAGAAAAUAUAUGUAAAAGAGACUUUUAGAGUAGAGAAAUAGACGUUAGUUACAUGAUGUUGUACUAAUGCUACUUCGAAAUUAACAUUCACGCCUAUAUUUGUCAAGCUUUAUAAGAUCUGGUAAUAUGUUUCAUCAA